AUUUCUGUUAUAGCAGCACUAGAUAACUAAGACAGUUGCUCUGGUAUAAAACUCCCAUAAAUGAAAGAAGAUAUUUUCAUCUUUGGUAAUGAUACAAAAUUGUGCCUUUCUGAUCUUUUAUCACUCUAAAGCUAGAAUAUUAAUAUCAAAUGAAAUUAUAAAAAUUCCUUUAUUUCAAAUUAUUUCAUUUCCAACAAAAUUGGAAAAGGAGCAUUCUCUUCCUUUCAUCUGAUAUUAGUGGCUUUACUUGUACUCCCCAAACUCAGACAUUUCAAAUGAAUUUAAUAGCUUUCCAAAGGACAACUUUUUCUGGAUUUUGUGCGUGUGUGUGUUUUAUAAACUGUGAAGCUUUUGUAUGAUGUCAUCUUGUUGACCCAGCUUUGAGUAGAAGUUUUAGUAUUAUAGCAUCUCCUCCAAUAACUUAGGUUUUUUUUUUUUGUUUUCAUUCUAACAUUUGUUGAAAGGUGCAGGACCAGAAAGGGUCCUUGUGUAACAUUAACAAGCAUUUAAUUAAGGGGCAAUGCCUAUGGUACCAAAAUAUGCGAAAUGAAAGAGAUGCUUAAUCAGCCACAAAAGCUAUUUACCUCUUCAUAAACCUCAGUGCUUGGUGUCAUAAAUAUUAUUACUGUUCUAGGACUUCAGAAAAGCAAUGAAAUAUCAAAACUGAUUUUUCUCUGCUGUUAAUAUGGAAGUUUUUUUCUCAUAGUAGAACUUUGUAAUGAAGCUAAUAUUUGGGAGAAGCAUACAAAACUGAAAUUUAUUAGCUGGAGUGUGAUCAGAAGGGACUUAAAUACAAAAUGUUAUGUUGAAAAUAAAGCAAGGAAGAGUUUUAUCUCUAUUAAGUUAUACUGAAGAAUAAGUUACAUAGUAUUGCCAUAUAUUUAUUGAGCUCCUACCAAGGGGCAGGGACUAAUAGAUGUUUUCCAUACAUUAUCUAUAAUCUUAUAGCAACCCUACCCUAUAAGCUAAGUUUUGUUCCAGUUUUAUCAAUGAGGGCAUGGAGGCACAAGCGAUUAAGCCACAGGUGUGUCUGAUUACACCUGUGCUCUUUUCUGUCACUUCAAAUUGUUUACCAAAUGAAAGCUUACGUUAAAAAAGCCAUUUUUUUCAUUCAUUCUGCUGAAUAACCAUUGAUAUGCCUGAAAAGUUAAGCUAUGUCAUGUUAUUUCUCAAGUUUUAUUCAUUCCAUACUCAACAAACAUUUGUUAAGCAGCUAAUAUAUAUAUUCCUAACACUUGCUAAUUACCAGGACUGAACCAAAUAAGAUCCAGUCUUCCUACUCAGAGUUUACAAACUGAUAAAUAUUCCAGGCUUGUAUACACACGAUUUAAGAGUAGAAUCCAAGAGAGCAAGGCUCCCUUUUCUACUAUUUUGUGACUGCUUUCCGGUCCCCCUUGAGUUGAGAUGGGGAAGUACUUGUAAAAGCCUAGAUGCAUAAUCCAAUUGGCAUCUGUUAUAACCCAGUUUACAAGUAUGAAUAAGGAAGAAGGAGUUCAUAAUCUGGUCGAAGUGCUUUGGUAGAGGGCAUACAUAGAAUGGGAACUUGCUGUGGGAACCUAGAAGAGGUAGUUAGCAUAGGAAUUCCUGAGGCAGGCUGGGUUUUACAGAGAACCUGGCAAAGGAAAGUUGGUUAGUACAUAAUCAAAGGGAAAGCUUUUGUUACGAUUCUAACCUUUUAUUAAUCCAAAUGUUUGUAUCUAUCAUUUGCACUACUCUUCCUUUGUGAUUUACUGUGAUUCCAUAGACCCUUUAUUCCAGUAAUGUUUUCAAAAAGAACCUGUGUUCUUUGGGAAAAUGUCAGCAAUAGCAAUUAAAAAGUUUGAAUUGUUGAAAUUUAUUUAAGAGAAUUUACCAAUCAUCAUGUCUAGUCACUUCAUUUUACACACAAAAAAGCCAAGACCAAAUAAACUGUGAUGUACUUAAUGUCAGAUACUAUAAGCGUCAGACCUGGGACUUGGCUUGGCUAUUAGUCAUGGUUUCUAAUGUGAUGCUCUAGUUGGUGGUGGUUUAAUAAUAAAAAUAAUUUAUAUUUCCAUUAUUUUUCUUCAUUAGUUUUGGGAGAGAAGUGAUUGAAGAAAUAUAAGUAAAUAUAAAUGCAUUAGUCCCAAUUUAUACUUGAAGUUAUAAUCACAAGAAAUAUACAACUCUCUUGUUGAAAAGAAACAAUAUCUGAGGUCUAUUCAUAAGGAAAGAAAAGGAAGCAAUGACAUAAUGCCUAGAAUUGGAGCCAGUUAAACUGGAAACAUUGCUAUCUUGAGAAAAUAAGUUAAGGAAUGAGAGGCAACGAAGAAAGGACAUUCAUCUUGGAAAGACCCAAAGCACUUUGAAACUUUAACGGAAAGUAAUGCUAGCUGCUAAAACCACCUUUGUCACCAGAGCAGAUCAAGUGCUUCAAAUUUAAACGGUAGAUCAUACUUAGAAGAGCUGCUGUGACACCUAGGGGAGGUGAAAACUAAUGGAUGAAAGUUUUGCCAUGCACUGAAAAAAAAGCAUUGUCUGUGAAGUUCUGUUCUAAAAAAUGUCUGCUUGUAACACCUUUACUGAACACGUGUGGAAACCUGGUGAAUGCAAAAACUGCUUUAAGCCUAAAAGCUUACAUCAGCUCCCCCCAGACCCUGAGAAGGCACCCAUCACCCAUGGCAAUGUGAAAACUAAUGCCAAUCACAGCAACAACCACCGCAUCAGGAACACCGGAAAUUUCCGGCCUCCUGUGGCCAAAAAACCCACUAUAGCUGUGAAGCCCACUAUGAUGGUGGCAGAUGGGCAAAGUGUUUGUGGUGAGCUUAGCAUCCAAGAACACUGUGAGAACAAACCUGUCAUCAUAGGUUGGAACCGAAACAGGACUGCCUUGAAUCAGAAACCACUUAACAAUAAUAAUGAAGAUGAUACUGAAGGAUUUAGCCACGUUCCUAAGCCUUAUAGCAGUAAUGACAGUGCAAAGAAGAUAUCAAAUAACAAUAAUGGACUAACUGAAGUGUUAAAGGAGAUAGCAGGCUUGGAUACCACCCCUCAGAUAAGAAGAAAUGAAACAAACUCUAGAGAAACAUUCUUAGGAAGAAUAAAUAAUUGUUACAAACGAUCAUUGGAAAGAAAGCUUCCACCAAGUUGCAUGAUGGGAGGGAUAAAGGAUACUCAGGGAAAGCAUGUUAUUCUGAGUGGGAGCACAGAAGUGAUCAGUAAUGAAGGGGGCCGGUUCUGUUACCCAGAGUUUUCUAGUGGUGAGGAAAGUGAGGAAGAUGUAUUUUUCAGUAAUGUGGAGGAGGAGCAUGAGAGCUGGGAUGAGAGUGAUGAAGAGCUGUUGGCCAUGGAGAUCCGCAUGAGAGGGCAACCUCGCUUUGCUAACUUUAGAGCAAAUACUUUGUCUCCUGUUCGAUUCUUUGUGGACAAAAAAUGGAAUACUGUCCCCCUGCGAAACAAGUCUUUGCAGAGAAUCUGUGCUGUAGACUAUGAUGACAGCUAUGAUGAAAUCCUGAAUGGUUAUGAAGAGAAUUCUGUGGUCUCCUAUGGACCCGGAAGCAUUCAGAGCAUGGUGUCCUCAGACUCCACAUCACCAGAUUCUUCUUUAACAGAAGAAUCACGUUCUGAGACAGCCAGUAGUUUAUCCCAGAAGGUUUGUAAUGGAGGGUUAUCUCCUGGUAACCAGGGAGAUUCUAAGAAGAUGAAGGAAAUUGAGCCCAGUUAUGAAAGUCUCUCUGGUAAUAAUCAGGAGGACUCAUCACAAACUUCUAAAAGCUCAAUAAAAGUUCCAGAGACACACAAAGCAGUCCUUGCUCUCCGAUUGGAAGAGAAGGAUGGCAAGAUUGCUGUACAAACUGAGAAGCAAGAAAGUAAAGCCUCUACAGAUAUUGCUGGGCAAGCAGUAACCAUAAACCUCGUCCCUGUAGAAGAGCAAGCGAAGCCCUACCGAGUUGUGAAUUUGGAACAGCCAUUGUGCAAGCCAUAUACUGUCGUGGAUGUGUCGGCAGCCAUGGCCAGUGAGCACCUCGAGGGCCCUGCCAAAAGCCCCAAGAUGAAAAGCUCAUCUUCUACUCCAAAUUCUCCGGUGAUAUCACCUGCAUUGACAUCAGGACAAGUAAGUGCCCAUUUCCAAAAAUCCAGUGCAAUCCGAUACCAGGAAGUGUGGACUUCCAGUACCAGUCCACGACAAAAGAUACCUAAGGUGGAAUUAAUUAGUGGUGGAACUGGACCAAAUGUCCCUCCAAGGAAAAACUGUCACAAAUCAGCACCUACUUCCCCCACAGCUACAAACAUUUCCUCCAGAACCAUCCCUGUAAAGUCACCUAAUUUGUCUGAAAUAAAAUUUAAUAGUUACAACAAUGCUGGUAUGCCACCUUUUCCAAUUAUCAUUCAUGAUGAGCCAACUUAUGCUCGGAGUUCCAAAAAUGCUAUCAAAGUUCCCAUUGUAAUCAAUCCAAAUGCAUAUGACAAUCUAGCUAUCUACAGAAGCUUUCUGGGAACAAGUGGCGAGCUCUCAGUGAAGGAAAAAACCACAAGUAUAAUAAGCCAUACUUAUGAAGAAAUAGAAACUGAAAGCAAAGUGUCUGAUAGCACUGCAAAUAAACCCACUGAAUGUCCCCAAGUUAAAGGGUUUUCAAACAGCACAGAGCGUAAAAGGGGCUCAGUGGCUCGAAAGGUUCAGGAGUUUAACAACUGUCUUAACAGAGCCCAGUCUUCACCACAGAGAAGCUAUAGUUCUAGCCACAGCUCCCCAACGAAGAUCCAGAGAACCACUCAGGAACCUGUGGCCAAAACAGAAGACGCUCAGGAGUCGCAGACUGUGGGCAGCUGCAGUAGCACCAGGGAGAAAGCAAGCACAGUCCUUUCUCAGAUUGUGGCUUCUAUCCAACCCCCACAGUCUCCUCCAGAAAUGCCUCAAUCUGGCCCUAAAGCUUGCAGUGUGGAGGAGCUUUAUGCCAUUCCUCCAGAUGCCGACACUGCUAAGAGUACACCUAAGAGUACGCCAGUCCGGCCCAAGUCUCUCUUUACGUCUCAGCCAAGUGGUGAAGCUGAAGCACCUCAGACCACAGAAAGUCCGACCACGAGAGUACAGAAAGAUCCACUCUCAAAGACAGUCACUACCCCUCCCUCCAAAUUAGUGAUGAACGCCCAAAGUGAGCCAACACCUCCCUUCCCUCCCCCACGCUCCACUUCUUCUCCUUACCAUGCAAGUAACCUUUUGCAGAAGCAUUUCACCAACUGGACCAAGCCAACCAGCCCUGCCAGGUCAACAGAAGCUGAAUCAGUUUUGCAUUCUGAAGGUAGCAGGCGGGCAGCUGAUGCAAAACCUAAGCGCUGGAUAUCAUUUAAAAGCUUCUUCCGCCGUCGGAAAACAGAUGAGGAGGAUGAAAAAGAGAAAGAGCGAGAGAAAGGGAAACUAGUGGGCCUGGAUGGCACAGUCAUCCACAUGCUGCCCCCUCCACCAGUUCAGCGCCAUCACUGGUUCACAGAAACCAAAGCAGAGUCCAGUGAGAAACCAGCCAUUGUCUUCAUGUACAGGUGUGACCCCCCUGCUGAAGGCCAGUUCAGUGUGGAUCAGAGCCAGGCCGGAGCCGACCAGACAGCAGUCAUGGAGAAGGGUGGAAAAGAAGAUACUUUCCUACAGGACUCAGAGAAGAAGAAAAGGAGCCAUUCUUCCCCAUCACAGAUUCCUAAAAAAAUUCUCAGUCAUGUGACCCAUGAAGUGACAACAGAGGAUUUUUCUCCUCGGGAUCCAAGAACUGUUGUUGUGAAGCAAGAUGGCAGGGGCUCUACUUCAGCCACACCAGCGCUGCCCCUACCUGAAGCGGAAAGGGAAGAGGAAAAAGAAGACAUUUCAGAUCCUAUGGACCUGAGCUCUUGUAGUGCAACAUACAGCAAUUUAGGGCAAUCUAGAGCAGCCAUGAUACCUCCCAAGCAUCCACGGCAGCCAAAGGGAGCUUUGGAUGAUGCCAUUACCUUUGGGGGUAAAACUGACCAAGAAGCACCUAAUUCUUCCCAACCCACACCUCCCCCACUGCCAAAGAAAAUGAUCAUAAGAGCCAACACAGAGCCAAUCUCCAAAGACCUCCAGAAAUCCCUAGAAAGUAGUCUUUGUGUCAUGGCUAAUCCCACCUAUGAUAUCGACCCCAACUGGGAUGCCAGCAGUGCUGGCUCUUCCAUCAGCUCUGAACUCAAGGGACUGGACAUUGAGUCUUAUGACUCCCUGGAAAGACCUUUGCACAAGGAGAGACCUGUCCCUUCGGCAGCAAACAGCAUCUCCAGCUUAACCACUCUCAGUAUUAAAGACAAAUUUUCCAACAGCACGGAGUCCCUGUCCAGCCGGCGUGGUCCCUCUUGCAGACAGGGCCGAAGCAUCCAGAAGCCACAGAGGCAAGCACUUUAUCGAGGACUUGAGAAUCGGGAGGAAGUGGUGGGUAAAAUCCGAAGCCUUUAUACAGAUGCCUUGAAGAAACUGGCUCUUAAAUGUGAAGACCUCUUCAUGGCUGGGCAGAAAGACCAACUCCGUUUUGGGGUGGACAGCUGGUCAGACUUCAGGCUAACUAGCGACAAGCCAUGUUGUGAGGCAGGUGAUGCAGUUUACUACACAGCUUCAUAUGCAAAAGAUCCACUCAAUAACUAUGCAGUCAAGAUCUGUAAGAGCAAAGCUAAAGAAUCCCAGCAGUAUUAUCACAGCUUGGCUGUCCGGCAGAGUCUAGCUGUCCAUUUUAACAUCCAGCAGGACUGUGGUCAUUUCCUUGCUGAAGUUCCUAACCGUCUGCUUCCCUGGAAUGAUCCUGAUGGCUCUGAAAAGGAAGAGGAUAACGUGGAAGAGACCGAAGAGCUGAAAGGAGAGGCUGAUGGGAAAAGCCCAGGGCCCUGCUCUGAAACAGAGUCCUCUCAGAAAGAGAGGCAGGGGGUUGUGAGCCGGAAGCAGAGGAGCCACGUUGUGGUCAUCACCAGAGAGGUGCCCUGUCUCACCGUGGCCGAUUUUGUGCACGACUCUCUGGCCCAGCAUGGGAAGAGCCCUGAUUUGUAUGAGAGGCAAGUGUGCCUGCUGCUUUUACAGCUGUGCUCUGGCCUUGAGCACCUCAAACCCUACCACGUCACUCACUGCGACCUACGCCUAGAGAACCUGCUGCUGGUCCACUACCAGCCCGGGGGAACUGCCCAGUGCCUCGGGCCUGCACAGCCCAGCCCCACCUCAUCUUGUCCUACCAGGCUUAUAGUGAGCAACUUCUCUCAGGCCAAGCAGAAGAGCCAUCUGGUGGACCCCGAGAUCCUCCGGGACCAGUCCCGCCUCGCUCCAGAGAUCAUAACGGCCACCCAGUAUAAAAAGUGUGAUGAGUUCCAGACAGGCAUCCUCAUCUAUGAGAUGCUGCACCUGCCCAACCCCUUUGAUGAGAACCCAGAGCUGAAGGAGAAGGAAUACACACGAGCAGACCUGCCUCGCAUCCCACUCCGCUCCCCCUACUCCCGAGGCCUGCAGCAGCUGGCCAGCUGCCUCCUGAAUCCCAACCCUUCUGAGCGGAUCCUCAUUUCAGACGCCAAAGGUAUCCUCCAGUGUCUGCUCUGGGGCCCCCGAGAAGAUCUCUUCCAGGCUUUCACCACCUGCCCAAGCCUGGUGCAGAGGAACACCCUUCUCCAAAACUGGCUAGACAUCAAGCGAACACUGCUGAUGAUCAAGUUUGCCGAGAAGUCGCUGGACAGAGAGGGUGGAGUCAGCCUCGAGGACUGGCUUUGUGCUCAGUAUUUGGCCUUUGCCACUACAGACUCCCUCAGUUGUAUUGUGAAAAUCCUCCAACACCGUUAGUGUGUCCUGGAUGCUGCUUUCACUUCAUUUUCACCUUCUUCGUGUCACCCACAUGCUUCCCCUUCCUAGUGCUCAUACAGAAUUCAAGGAAAGAAGAGAGAGACAAGCCUUCUGUCCCUGCCGUCCAUUCAGAAAGGCUUUCCACAGCUCCAAAUCAAAUGGGAAGCUGAGUCUGUCUUAACUUUACAGAAAUUCAGCUGUACGAACAUGCAGUUGCCUUCCAUUGGAACAGUUCCACCCCAAUAGUCCCACAGAGGCGGGUAAAGAAACUGAAAACUCACCUCCUCAGAAAGACAGCUCCUUUGGUAUGAACUCAGUGAGCUGUGUCCAGUUUCUCCAUAAUUCUGACUAUCAUCCAUCUUUUUAACACCAAGUAUUUAUUCUCACUAGCAAUAGACAAUUUAACCAACCCCUACCAUCAUCCAGUAAGUCUCACAACAGACUCUGUCUUCUUGAAGGUAUCAAUAACUGCCUCUUUUAUCAGGCAGAAGUGCCAUCCUUAGCAUCAGCCCAGUUUUGGUUACCGGGGACUACGACCUUUGUUCCAGCUGAGAGUGUAAGGCAAAAGAGAGAGCCCAUCCCUUGGGUCCUAGGCCCUCUUCCAUUUCUGUUAUUGGUAAGAGUGUGCACUGCACGGAGGAUGGCUCUAACAGUCUCCCCUCUGCUGACACUGCCUGAUUCUUCUCCACCUCUGCUCUAGCCCCACUGGCCGGUGAAGUUGGGGUUUCUCAGCCACUUGUGGCCCAUGACAGAGCUCACCCAUGGUGGUGUCACCAGUGCCUCCUCAGGGUGGAGUGCAGUUCAGAGCUUAUAAAUAGCUGGCAGGACACAAGGAGAUGAUUUUCCUGCAUGUGCAAUUCUCCAGGGCCAUCAGGGGGACGGAGUGCAAAGCACCAGUCUUUGAUUACUGUCUGAGCUGUCAGCGUUGGCAGCCAGGGCUGGCAGUGCCCCAAUCAUAGUUUUCCCCCAAGCAAUAAUUGACUAGCUUCCUACUAUCAGUAGCCAGUGUUAAACUAGUCUACCAGAUGCUGUAGACAACAGCCCUGAAUGAAAUGGCUGUCAGCUGAGCUCUCAGAUCUCCUUAGAGGGCAGGGACGGCUGGUUAUUGGGCUGGCCCGAAGGCAGGGGAGGGGCAGAGGUCCACUCGAUGAGACUGCUGACCGCUUCCUCAAAAUGCUGACCUUUUCUCUAGGGACCACCGCCCAGUGCAAGGAGCACAUUGCUCCUAUGACUCCCUCUCAAAUGGCUC